UUUUGCAGGUGUUUUGUCAACUUGCAUGUGUUUUCUUAAGUUGCCGUUCGUUGAGCUUUCAGGGCCACCGUAGUAAAGUCUCUCUCCCGCAGCGCCCUGAGGUUCAUCAUCUUCCCCUGUUUGAUCUGAAUAGGGCGGUGGUGCAGAGGGACAUCGUUUGCGAUCUGCCUCUCUCACUGGAGGAUUUUGGGGAAAGCGAUUGACAUUUUGUCUUCGGCUUCCCCCGGUUUCUAGAUCUUCUGGCCUUUCGACCACUAAACUCUCUGAUUUAGUUUUUUGUCCGUUUUUACGUCUUUGUGCCUGCUCUAACCAGAGUCGAGCACAUUGGUGCUCCUCACUGGGUUCUUUUUUGUUUUUAAUACGACUUUUAAAUUGUAAACGCCGUACCAGUUCAGUGCAUUCACCAACAUCUAAUUUCCCUUUAAAUUCAUAUUGUUUUUCCCAUUUUCCAAGGUAUUUAACACUUUGAGGUUCAUACCUUUUCAUAUAUUUUGCGUCCCCCUCUAGGGGUCCGGGCUUUGUGCAACAAUUUCCCAUUGUCUUAAGUUUACAAGUUGUCUUUCAGUAACAGAGAAUUCCUCUCCGGGCCACACAACACUUCCAGAGAAACAAGCUUCUAGGCCACACUUAGGGUGCAGUCCGGUCUCUCUCUUGGGGUUUAAUACCAGAAGUCCUGUCAUGUGUUUUAGACUCUUUACUGUCAGACCAUUCAUUCACACAUUCACUCCCCACAACCAUAUAUCUAAACGUGUUGCAAAUACGUUUAGAUAUUUUUAUUUCUGUUUUUUUAUUAUUUUUAUUGUUUUUUUCUGAGACGCGGGACUCGAACCCCGUCUUUGACGCGAGACUUUAACUCCGUCUUUGACGCGGGACUCUAACCUCGUCUUUACAAUUGUGUCAUGUCGUACCUUUUUGAUUCGUCUUCUUUUUGUUCGGAUGCCGUCAAUCCAGUCCAAGGAACAGGUCAGGUCGAACUGGCCUGGGAAGAAUUCACUCCACAGGACUUUGUCCUAAGGGCUGUGCACAGUCUUCAGUUCUCUCUCGAUCCGCUCCCCUGGUCUGGAUCUGUUGGCAUCCGGCUCGAAGGACCAAAAAUGUCGAGGGAAUUUCACCCAGACAUGUAUCAAUGUUGUAAGAAUUCACGAAUCAAACACCACACAUACACUCGUACGUAGUUUUUACUUGCAAGGGAAGUCCGCACCUUUGAGUAGGUUGCAGCCAACUUCGACGGUACUUCCCUUUCACAGUGUAUUUAUUCAAAAGCUCAGAUACAAGGUCAAGGUGGGGUGACAUUUACAUAGAGAGAAGUGAAAUCCAUCUUGACCUUCACGUCUCUCCAGGCAAGUUCCUUGCUUUGGGUACAUUUCCUUAUAUGGCAAGAAACAUACUUCAGUUAGACAAUGUGACUAAUUAUUUUUAUUGCAAAACAGGAUGUGGCACUCAGAGGUGCUAGACUGCACACAAAUGUCAGACAGUCACACUUUGCAUCAGCAGUACAUUCAAACAUGAUAACUUAUAUACAAUUCUUCUAACACCUAAUUAAACCGGGGCUGUUAAUUUUUGGGUGUUCAGCGACCAUCUUAGAAGCCAACAGGAAGGUGUUACUCUGGCCAGCCGCCAUUUUGAGAGCACCCUGAUUUACAUAGACACCCAAAGUCACAUACACAUCUUUGUUUAGUUAGUACUUGGUUAGUAAUUUGUGUUUUUAUACUUUAUUAUAUUCAUAAUAAAUGUUUUUCUUUCACAAAUGUUCUUUCAUCGAUGUUGCAUAAGUGAAUUUUGUCAACCUCUACACUGUCAAGAACUCCAUAACCUUCUGUGUUCAUUAUAUAAUCUUUGAUAGUAAAUAUUGAGAUUUCUAGUUGAACUAGAUCUAAAUGAGACUGAUCUUGACAUUUGAUUGUUGGUCCCUGAUACAAGGGUGUCAGGAAUAAAUGUUUUUCUAGCACAAAGGUUUUAAUGAAUGUUGCAUUAGUGUGAAUUUUGCCAACAUCUACACUGUCAAGAACUCUAUAUCCUUCAACUUAACUGUCUAUCUAUAUGGUAAUUUUGGUUGUAGUUAUUAAUUGAAUUGCUAAACAGAGUUCCAAAUUUGUAGUUAGUACUUUAAUGAGACUUAAUCAGUAAAUUGGCUAUCUUUUCCCUUCCUUUGAAGGGUGGUGCCCUUAGAUAACUUUAAUCAAUUAAAGUUAUUAUUUAAUAAACAAAAGCACUAUUUCUUCUAGAAGGCUAAACUACAAAGUGCUAUAAGUAAGUGCCAUUUAACUUUUAUUUAAGGUGUAGUUGUAAGAGGUGUGUUUUGAGUUUGCGGUGUAAGAUGUGUAGACUUUCUGUCCUGUUAUCAUUGGGGAGCUCAUUCCACCAUUUAGGAGCCAGGACAGCAGAAAGAGGUGAUCUUGUUGAGUGGCCGCUGUCCCUCGCAGUGUGGGAGCAGCCGAUUGGCAGAUGCAGAGCGGAUUGAACGAGCUGGGGUGUAAGGUUUGACCAUGUCCUGGAUGUAGACUGGACCCGAUCGGUUCACAGCACAGUACGCAAGUACUAAUGUUUUGAAACGUAUACGCAGCCACUGGUAACCUGUGAAGGGACAGGAGUAGUGCGAGGGAAUUAAGGUUAAAGACCAGUCGAGCUGCUGCAUUCUGGAUGAACUGCAGAGGUCAGAUGGCACUAGCAGAUUGACCUGCCAGGAGGGAGAACGUGGCGUCUUCUCCUGAUGUUGUGCAGCAUGAAUCUACAGGAAUGUGCUGUUGCAGAAAUGCUUGCAAUGAGAGAGAGUUGUCUGUCGAGUGUCACACCCAAGUUCCUAGAAGACUGGGUGGGAGCCAACACAAAGUUGUCAAAGGUAAUAGUCACAUAAGUUUAUGUGUGAACUUUAUAUUAUUUUUAAAUAUAAAUAUUUAAAGAAAACUGUGUUGUCCAUGUGGUGUCAGAAUAAUAUAAUAUCUAUAUAUAUUAUUUUUGUAAUUUUUUUAUUUUAUCUUGCACACUUAAACCACAUUGAAUUACUUGAAUGUGAAAACCUGCUUGGCAAGACUAAAUUCUAUGACAUGUUAAGUCCUGUUUCCAACUACUGACACGGAAGGAGGAGGGAGAGGGUGGGGUAAGAAGGGGUGAAGGUAGAAGGGGGAGAGGGUUCAGGACAAACGUCACCUCAGCCCUCUUUUCUUUGUGUCAUCAUUUGUCUGCUGGUUCAGACGUUUGUCUUCGUUCUUCACCUUCACUCUCUCCAGCUGCUCCACUUUUCUCCUCCACUUCCUGGUAACACUCUCCAGCUCGUUCUCCGUCUCACUCAGCUCGUCAAGCCAGACAGCACUCAACCAUUCCUCUCAGUGUUGGCUGUGAUCGAGCGUCAUAGGAAAGCCCUCAGUGUGCGUCAGUUCUGUGGAACCCCGGACACACACACCUCUCCCCUGUAGGUUCCUCCGUCCUGCCCCCACCUGAGCCGUCAUGGUUCUAAUGGAGGAGGGAAACGUGAGCUGUGGAGUUAAAAACUGUAGCACGCCAGGCUUCUGGAGAAACUGCUCCAACCAAGACUGCCAGGAGGAGGAGACAAUGGCUGCAUCGAUCUUGUUAGUGAUUAUCAUUUCACUGAUGCUCUUCGGCCUUGUUGGAAACACACUGACUCUUCUGGUGGUUUGGCUCCGCCCCAACAUGAGAAGCUCCGCCCACCUCUACCUGAGCAACAUGGCUGUUAGUGACCUGCUGAUCCUCCUGCUGCUGGCUCUGGAUGUAUUGAAGAUCUGGACAGGCUGGAAGUUAGGAGUCAUCGUGUGUAAGCUGAGCACGUUCCUGACAGAGGGCUGCAUCUUCUGCACUAUCCUCAACAUCACCUUUCUCUCCCUGGAGAGGUACCUGGUUGUCUGCUGGCCAAUCACCUCAAAGACGCUGGUGACACGUCGCAGAACCAGGACUCUGAUUGGCUGCCUCUGGCUGGGAGCGGCUGUCAGUGCAGCACCAUUUUUGGUCAUGAUGGAAGUGGAUGAAAUGGAAGAAUGCAGAGUAUCACCAUCCUCAUUCUCCUCAGGCCUCGUAUUGGCCAUGAUAAUUCUCUAUUACCUAUAUGUCCUGGUACCCCUGUGCAUCCUGGGACUGGUCUACAUCCUGAUUGGAAGAACUCUGAGGCUCCGUCCUCAAAGAAGCCGUAAAGACAAGAGUCACCGGCACACAGUGAAGAUGCUGGGAGUGAUCUUCUUGGCCUUCGUCCUGUGCUGGCUGCCCUACAUCGUCGCUCUGACCAUGACCUAUGUUUCUCUGGGCACUGGGGCUGAAAGUCGGGGAACUAACACCGACACAAACACACACUCGGACAUGAACACUCCUCCUGAAAGCACAGGCAACAUGGCCUCUGUUACCGAACCUGUUAGCCUCUCAGACUGGGACCUGAAGACACAAGCUCACACAAACAGAGAUGAUGCACUCUGGGAAAACACAAACAACGAGAUCGACACACACAGUGAUGCAGACGCACACUUGGUGGACACACAACCUGAAACGCUCACUGACCCAGGCACAGGUUCUGACGAUACGAAUGCACAUCAUGUUGUAUCACACGACAUCAGAGCUGGAGAAAGCACACACAACGUGGGUACUCGCACUGAAACAGACACACACUCGGAGAUACACAAUACUACACAUAACAAGCAAAACCCAGCCCUUUGCAUAAAGUCACAGAAGGUAACACAGUAUUUUUACCUGGUCGCCUGGUUCCUCUCCCGUCUCAGUGCUGCCAUCAACCCUCUGGUGUACAACCUGAUGUCCGCCAGGUACAGACACGCUGUGUGUAGCCUCUUGCACACACACUGUCUCACACCGUCUCACUGACUGAGUACAACACUCUCAUCAGGAUACUCCACAACCACUUUGUAAACAUAUAGACACACGUAACAACAGCAGCAACACAAGGUAGCUGUGAUGAUCACUGGUGGUUCUGCAACGACCAUAUUAACAAACUGAAUUCAGCUGCUUGAACUAAGAUAUCAUGAGAUUUGACUGUAGGAGCAGCUAACACACUGUUCACACACUGCCAACACACAGCUAACACAAUGCUAACCCAGUUAACGCUUGGCUAAACCUGCUAACACAGCUAAUACAGACUUAACACUCUGCUAACACACUGCCAAAACACAGCCAACCCUGCUAACACAGAGCUAACCCUGCUAACAGAGCUAAUACACAGCUAACCUUGCUAACUGAGCUAGCAGCGGAUAUUUACAGAUUUUCUGUCACAGUAACAUUCAUACACUUCUGCAUCAACCCGGGGUGGGCGGGGCCUUACAUAGCCUCUGAUUGGUUAGUUAAAGGCAAGUCCAGUGAUGAUUGGUUGGAGUUUUUGGAACGAUUUCUUGUUCUUUCUCUUUUUUGUUGUCUCUUUUCACUCUUAUCCUUUGGUUUAUAGUCUUUUAUUCCAAGUUCCAUAUCCUCUAGGGUUAAGCCGAAUACUCAAAUGAAUUGAACUUUAACCCCUAACCCUAACCCUAAAAAUAAAAACGUCCGGUUUAAGCCCCGUCCACUUCCGAGUGCGGAUAUGGAUCAUUUAGUUGGUUGAACAGAAACUGAAACAGAUAAUGGUGUAAUCGCUCAUCCCUAAUAUCCUCACACACGCUCACAUCACAUGCACCCUGCUUUGGCCAGGGUGGGUCUAACCAUUUAGUUUGUUUCUUUCAUUUUCCAUUUCUUCUAUGUCGCUUUUCUUUGAUGGAUAUUCUGUGUUUAGGACGAUUAUUGGUGUAGCCUAUUGAUUCUGGACUCUUGAGACUUAAGGCUGAAAUAUGCUGCUCUGACUCCGUUACGGAUACGACAGACCCUUUUUUAUUUAUGGUUCUCCGAAGGCUAUGGGUGCUGAAAACAAAUCACCGCCAGAACAGUAGAUGGCGCAAAUUUUUUGUUGUCGAAGACGAGUUUAGAGAAUCGUAGUUCACUCUAAACACGCGUAGAAAGGACAGUUUUAGCUGAAAUUAAGUGACACGCAGCGGGUCAAAAUGCUUAUGUUAUCGUUUCUUAGCGCAGCGGUUCCCCGGUCUUGUUUUUGAACUGCGUUGCUAAUUCCACGGCUUUAAGCUACACGGAGGCAGCUAGCUUCCCCCCCAGCUUCCACACACAGUCAGCAGGGACUCCCGAUACUAACUACUACCAAGUGUUUUCGUCUAACCUGACGGUAAUUUAGAAACAGUGUCAUGAUAGCCGUGGAAUUAAAGUUGUGACAGCGGGUCUUUUGCGCUGUUACCACCGCAGUUAGCAUGGUGGCUAGCACUCUAGCGCCGUUAUGACUGGGCGUUAUAACUGUAUGUGACCGUACACACAUGCCGUUAGUGCUCUAACCAACCACUGAAGCCGGACAACUCCACUGGCUUAACACACUUGACACAUUAAUCGUAGAAUCGUAGAAUCCUGGUUGUGUUUGCGUGAGGGAGAGGCGGUGGACUAGUGGCAGAAAAUCGGACUGGAUGGUCCCUUGUUCGACUCCACGGAGUGACAACCAAAAAACAUACCUUGAUGGGCAACCUGGAUCUGUCCAAAAAGUCCAAGAGGACUCUCCCUACCCACUGUCCAAGUGCCCCUGAGCAAGGCACCUUACUCCCCCAACACCUGCUCCCCAGGCGCCGUGCAUGGAUGCCCACUGCUCUGUGUGUCCUCCUGUGUUCACCAAAUGGGUCAAAGGCAGAGAAAAUGUUUUCCCCCAUUUGCAUUUAAUGAGUGUGGGACCAAUAAAUGUAUCUUCUUCUUCUUAUUGUGCUAUAGGGAAUGAAACAGGAAGUUUGAGGUCCGGAAAUGUGAGAUUCCGGAAAUGAUGUCGUUCGGAAAUGAUGUCAUUAGCAGACCAAUCACAGCCAAGGGCUAUCCCUAGGCUCUCCAACAUGCCGACGGAUAGUUAGAAAAAUCCGAGGUGUAUGUAGAGCCCUCCGAGGAGCUGGGAGAGGGCGUUCCACGUUGGCGAAGACGUUCCCAUGUGUCCGUCUCCGUCAAAACAGAGUAGCAUAUAUCGGCCUUAAGCCUACAGUUUUGGAUCAUAGCUUUAGUUUUAAUUUGAGCAACUCUUGAUUUAAUUUACUAACUCAGUUUACUGUGGGAUAAUGUGAUUUCACAAUGCACUGAUAAAUGUAUUGAAAUAUGUUUUUAUGUUUGGCUUUUGUUGGACAAAGUAACAUUUCUAUCAAUUUUUUCCUUAGUCGUGAAAACACGGUUUAAACAACAGAGUUGAACAAUCAAACAACACAGGAUGACGCCAAGCAAGGACAAAACUACGUCUUAUUUUCCUAGAUCGUUGAUAUAAAAAAUAUUUCAGCAUUAUAUUUGUGGUUUAUAAUGUGUAUCAGCUGAUGUAUUACACCUAAGUGUAAUUGCAGCUCCACAGGCAGCUGAAAACAGAAUCUCAUGCAGGCACAGUCACAGACACGCAAUGACCCACAGCGUAACCUCUCUGAACUUCAACACAAUUUCUUCAGAAUCACAUAAAAAGGAGAUAGACUAUGGGAAUUUUGACUGUGAUUUCAGGAACACAUUUUUUUUAUUUUAUUUUUUCAGUUUAUACAAAUUUUAAAUUGUAUUAUUAUGAACUCUUGGUUGAAACUUUAAA